CACUCGGGCGACCUCAGCGGCCGGGGAGCGUCGGGGGCCUGCGCAGCCAUGCGGGCGGCGGCGAGGGGCGCGCGAGCGGCCGCGCUGGCGCUGCUGCUGGGGGCGCUGCACGGGGCGCCGGCACACGGCGAGGAGUACGACUACUACGGCUGGCAGACCGAGCCGCUGCACGGGCGCUCGUACUCCAAGCCGCCCCAGUGCCUCGACAUCCCCGCCGACCUGCCACUCUGCCACACCGUGGGCUACAAGCGCAUGCGGCUGCCCAACCUGCUGGAGCACGAGAGCCUGGCCGAGGUGAAACAGCAGGCGAGCAGCUGGCUGCCGCUGCUGGCCAAGCGUUGCCACUCGGACACGCAGGUCUUCCUCUGCUCGCUCUUCGCGCCCGUCUGCCUCGACCGGCCCAUCUACCCUUGCCGCUCGCUAUGCGAGGCCGUGCGCGCCGGCUGCGCGCCGCUCAUGGAGGCGUACGGCUUCCCCUGGCCAGAGAUGCUGCACUGCCACAAGUUCCCCCUGGACAACGACCUCUGCAUCGCUGUGCAGUUCGGGCACCUGCCCGCCACCGCGCCUCCAGUGACCAAGAUCUGCGCCCAGUGUGAGAUGGAGCAUAGUGCCGAUGGCCUCAUGGAGCAGAUGUGUUCCAGUGACUUCGUGGUCAAAAUGCGCCUCAAGGAGAUCAAGAUAGAGAAUGGGGACCGGAAGCUGAUCGGAGCCCAGAAAAAGAAGAAGCUGCUCAAGCCGGGCCCCCUGAAGCGCAAGGACACCAAGAGGCUGGUGCUGCACAUGAAGAACGGUGCCGGCUGCCCCUGCCCGCAGCUGGACAGCCUGGCUGGCAGCUUCCUGGUCAUGGGCCGCAAAGUGGACGGACAGCUGCUACUCAUGGCCGUCUACCGCUGGGACAAGAAGAACAAGGAGAUGAAGUUCGCAGUCAAGUUCAUGUUCUCCUACCCCUGCUCCCUCUACUACCCUUUCUUCUAUGGGGCCGCGGAGCCCCACUGAAGGGCGCUCCUGCCUGCCCCACCCAGCCAGCUGUGCCCUGCCCUCUGUCCCCGCCCUGGAGCGCGCUCGCUCCUCCUGCCCACCUGACCUCUCCCUACUCCCAGGCUGACUUAGUCCCUGCCCAGGAGGGGUCCGUGCAGCGAUGUUACUGGCACAGGCCCUAAGGGUGCCAGG